GCUACCAAGAAACUCAAGAGAAGCAGUCGACCCCCACCAUGGUCCAGCAAGCGGAAAGUCCCGAGACGGAGAGUAACCUGCCCAGAGAAGCGAUGGAUACCGAGGAAGGGGAGUUCAUGGCUUGCAGCCCGGUGGCGCUGGACGAGAGCGACCCGGACUGGUGCAAGACGGCGUCGGGCCACAUCAAGAGGCCCAUGAACGCCUUCAUGGUGUGGUCGAAGAUCGAGCGGCGGAAGAUCAUGGAGCAGUCGCCCGACAUGCACAACGCCGAGAUCUCCAAGCGCCUGGGCAAGCGGUGGAAAAUGCUGAAGGACAGCGAGAAGAUCCCCUUCAUCCGCGAGGCCGAGCGGCUGCGCCUCAAGCACAUGGCCGACUACCCCGACUACAAGUACCGGCCCAGGAAAAAACCCAAAAUCGACCCCUCGGCCAAGCCCAGCGCCAGCCACAGCCCGGAGAAGAACACACCCACCGGCGGCGGCGGCGGCGGCGGCGGCAGCAAGAGCGCCAAAAGCGCCAGCAAGAAGUGCAGCAAAGGCAAGUCGGCCUCGGCGGCCGCCUCUUCCUCCUCCUCCUCCUCCUCGGCGGCCGCGUCUGCCCCCAAGGCCGGCCCCAAGCCGGCCCCCCACCCGGGCGACUACGGCGCGGAGGAUUACCACGCCUUCGGGCCGCUGAAAGGCGGCGGCCAGGCGGCCAAGUGCGUCUUCCUGGACGACGACGAGGAGGACGAGGAGGACGACGACGAGCUGCAGCUCCGCAUCAAGGAGGAGGAGGACGACGACGACGACGAGCCCCCCCACCCCCAGCAGCAGCAGCAGCUGCGGCGCUACAACGUGGCCAAGGUGCCGGCCAGCCCCACCUUGAGCUCCUCGGCCGAGUCCACCGAAGGGGCCAGCCUGUACGAGGAGGUGCGGGGCGGCGGCGCCUCCUCGCCCGGCGCCCCCCGCCUCUACUACGGCUUCAAGAGCAUGCCCAAGAGCGGCGCGCCGGCCAGCCUGUCCCCGGCUUCCUCCCGGUCCAUCUCCACCUCCUCCUCCUCCUCUUCCAGCAGCAGCAGCAGCGGCGGCGAGGAGGCGGACGACCUGAUGUUCGACCUGAGCUUGAAUUUCUCCCAGCACGCCCACGCCGCCUCGGAGCUGGGCGUCGGCUCGGCGGCGGGGAACCUGUCCCUCUCCCUGGUGGACAAGGACUUGGAUUCGUUCAGCGAGGGCAGCCUGGGCUCCCACUUCGAGUUCCCCGACUACUGCACCCCGGAGCUGAGCGAGAUGAUCGCGGGCGACUGGCUGGAGGCGAACUUUUCCGACUUGGUCUUCACUUACUGAGCGCGGGGAGAGGAGCG